AUGGCUGCAACCUCUGCGUCAGUUGCGUCCACUAAAGAGACCACCAACUAUGCAAGGCUAUGCCGCCUCCUGAUGGAUGUUGUAUGUCAGGUGCUUCGGUCCACCUUUGACAAAAUACAUCCGCCAGCGACUCUACAUACCGUUUUGGGAAGUACCUCAGUGCAUUACGCCACAUUGCAGUCACUGUACAAAGGGAAGAAGAAGAAAGUACUGAAUCCCACGCAAUGGGGGAAGUUGUACCCUACUCACUCACCCGUGUCAUCUGCAGCCUUCGAUAUCACACUUCUAACAGUGCUUCUUAGAAAUAUCAGUGGUUUGGGCCCUCCUGCCAAUGGAUGGGAUCGUCUUCCCCUAGCUGCAAACAUAAGCGUCGCAGAUGACAUCUCCAGAGUUAAAUAUUACAGGAACACUGUAUACAGCCAUGCUUCUCAAACCUCUGUGGAUGACAGUAGUUUCAGUGCUUUCUGGCAGGAAAUACGACAAGCUUUGGUGAGACUGGGAGGAGCUCAUUUUAGAGCUGAAAUCGACAAUCUUGAGCACGACUGCGUGGAUCCAGAUAUCGAGGAGCAUUGUCGUGAACUGAUGAAACAAUGGAAGAAAGACGACGACAGCAUCAAAGACAAGCUCGAAGAAAUUGAAGGUAAGAAAAACAUUGUCCAAUGCCAAUAUAGAUGA